AAAAAAUAUUGAGUACCCCUUGAAAAAUAAAUUCUUUAAUUCAAUCAUUUUUCAUAAAUUAGUGUGAAAUACACAGUAAAAAUAUGUCAUCCUCACAAACAACAACAGUUAAUGAUCCACAUUUGGACAAUACAACAACGACUAACAACGACACACUUCCAAAUAAUAAUAGCCAAGAGCCUUCAACUAGCACAGAUAGUUCACAAUAUCGUUCAUCUACCCAAUAUUCAUUUAAACCGCCACCAGAAAAUAGUAAAACAUCCACAAAGCCCGAUCUUGAUGAUAAUGAGGAAGAGAAACGUGAUGAUUCGAUGUAUGUCUGUAAUAUAUGCUUAGAUAUAGCUAAAGAGUCAGUUAUAACAAUGUGUGGACAUUUAUUUUGUUGGCCAUGCUUAAAUUGUUGGCUAGAAACUAAACCUCAGCGUCAGUUAUGUCCAGUUUGUAAAGCAGCGAUUAGUAAAGAUAAAGUAGUUCCUUUAUAUGGACGAAAUAAUGAAAAGCAACAAGAUCCACGUUCAAAGAAAAGUCCACCACGUCCACAAGCACAGAGAACGGAACCUGAUAAUUCACAAAAUUAUCAAGGUUUUCAGUCAUUUGGCGAUGCUGGAUUUCAUCUUUCCUUUGGUAUUGGAGCAUUUCCUUUUGUCUUUUUCGGAUCUAGUUUUAAUUUUAAUGAUAUUCGACAAAGGAAUGGACAGAAUGGGUCACAAUUUGAAGAAGAUCAGUUCUUAUCGAAAGUUUUCUUAUGGGUUGCAAUCAUUUUCUUCUGCUGGCUUAUUUUGGCAUAAUUAACAGUAACUAGUAAUUCAGCUAUAGCGUGACAUUCCAUGUUUCUGUUGGAACUAAACUAUUAUGUGUAAUAAGUUAUUGUCAGUUAUUGUAUUUUGGAUCAAGAGGAAAAUGAAAUGAAAUGAGGUAAAGGAUCAUUUUAAUGAAUUAUCAAUUUUAUUCUAUACAUGUAGAUUUUAAUAAUGCAAAUCAAACUGUGUAAAGUGUAACUUUGUCUAUAUUUAUCGUGAUUUAUUAA